AUGAGUGAAUCCUCAUCUUCAUUAAAGAACCCAAACAAGGGCAACGGAGCCGACUAUGAAAAGUAUUCUUUUACUCAAACCUUGGCAGAGGUUACCGUCCAUGUUCCUGUACCAGUAGGAACCACGGGAAAACAAGUAAAUGUGGUGAUUUCUCCAAAUCAUUUGAAAGUUGGGCUCAAAGGAGGAGAAACAAUUAUUGAUGGAAAAUUAAAUGAAAAAGUUAUUGUGGACGAUUCGUUUUGGCAAAUUGAUGACAAGAAGGAAGUCAUGUCUUUUUACAAAAGCAAAUACCAUGCAAUGGUGGAAUAA